AUUAUCCCGAUGCGUUCUUCGUUCUCGUACUUUGGAACAGGCCAGCAAGCAAAUUUUCCGGGGAGUCGGGUGGGACCGACGGCUCAAUUGGCAUGGGCAUUCUUGCGAAAGGAUAUUCCGAAGCAAAUAACUGAGACCUACCGCAGUGUGAAGGAUCGCCCGCUUGUAUACUACACGGCUUGAGAUAGCCCGCCAUGGCUACCAAGCAGGACCAAACCCUCCUAAACGGCUUUGGGACUAAAAUAUCCCAGGUUGAAAAGGUUAUUUCAGCAUCUUUACGGCCAUUGCCUACGACGACGGGCGAUGGGACAUACGUCACUGAGCAGGUGCAGACAGGGUUCAUCAAGGACCUUGGCCAUGUUGACCUUGACAACAUCAAGGCCAUUUUGGAGAUUGUUAAAGAUACUGCAACAGGGGAGCCGCUCAAUGAUAGACACUAUAUCAUGGAGCGGGUGAUUCAACUCGCUUCCGGCCUACCUUCUACCUCGCGGAAUGCGAAGACCUUGACAAACACCUUCCUCAAACAACUUUGGAACGACCUGGAGCACCCGCCAGUCUCCUAUCUCGGUUCAGACUACGUGUAUCGGCAAGCGGACGGCUCAGGCAAUAACUACUUAUGGCCCCACAUUGGUGCUGCUGGCUCUCACUAUGCCAGAUCUGUGCGCCCAACGACUAUGCAAUCUCCUUCUCUCCCAGAGGCCGAGACCCUUUUUGCCUCUCUUUUAGAGCGGAAGGAUUAUAAGGAGCACCCAAACAAGAUCUCAAGCAUCUUGUUCUACCUUGCGUCUAUUAUUAUUCACGAUCUUUUCCAAACGGACCGCAAAGAUUAUACCGUGAGCUUGACCUCUUCUUACCUGGAUCUCUCGCCACUUUACGGCAACAAUCAAGACGAGCAAAAUCAAGUAAGGACUUUCAAGGAUGGAAGAUUGAAGCCGGACUGCUUCUCGAGCAAACGUAUCCUGGGCUUUCCUCCAGGUGUCGGCGUCCUUCUGAUCAUGUUCAAUCGGUUCCAUAAUUAUGUGGCCGAGAACUUGGCUACCAUCAAUGAGGGUGGCCGCUUCACUAAACCAGAUGAGUCAAAUGCUAAAGCAUAUGCGAAAUACGACAACGACCUCUUCCAGACUGCCCGGCUGGUGACCUGCGGUCUGUAUAUCAACAUCAUAUUGAAAGACUACGUCCGCACGAUCUUGAACAUCAAUCGAACAGACAGCACUUGGAGCUUAGAUCCUCGCGCAGAGAUGCAAGAUGGUCUUCUUGGCGAGGCACCGGCACAGGCAACUGGCAAUCAGGUUUCUGCUGAGUUCAACCUCGUAUAUCGCUGGCACUCUUGUAUCUCCAAACGUGAUGAAAAAUGGACGCAGGAUAUGUAUCGCGAGCUGUUCCCCGGGAAGGAACCGGAGCACAUUUCUUUACGAGAGUUUCUGCGAGGGGUUGGUCAGUGGGAAGCUCGCCUACCGGCAGAACCUUCAGAGCGCCCAUUUGCUGGGUUACAGCGCAAGGAAGACGGGUCAUUGGACGAAGGUGAACUCGCCAAGCUGUUUGCAGACAGUGUUGAGGACUGCGCAGGUGCCUUUGGGGCAUCGAAUGUUCCUUCAGUCUUCCGCAACAUUGAAGCCCUGGGCAUCAUGCAGGCCCGUUCCUGGAACUUAGCCACAUUGAACGAGUUCCGGAAAUACUUCAAUCUCACUCCUUACAAGACAUUUGAGGAGAUCAACUCUGACCCAUAUAUCUCCGGUCAGCUCAAGAGGCUGUACGAGCAUCCCGACCUGGUGGAGAUCUACCCAGGCAUUAUUGUGGAAGACGCGAAAGAGUCGACAAUCCCUGGAAGCGGUUUGUGUACUAACUACACAAUAUCGAGAGCUAUCCUCUCCGAUGCCGUGGCAUUGGUCCGCGGUGAUCGUUUCUACACUGUUGACUAUACGCCGAAAAAUCUCACGAACUGGGCAUACAAAGAGAUCCAAUACCAGGACACUGUCGAUCAAGGACAUGUUUUUUACAAGCUUGUCUUGCGUGCAUUCCCCAACACCUUUGCCGGUAACUCCGUCUAUGCUCAUUUUCCUCUUGUCAUUCCAUCCGAGAACGAAAAGAUUCUUAAGGAUUUGGGUCGGUUUGACGACUACAGCUGGGACCGGCCCAGUCUCACCUUACCUCCUCAAUUCAUCUCCUCGAACGCCGCUUGCAUGGCUAUCCUCAGCGAUCAAGAGACUUUCAAGGUUACAUGGGGCAAGAAGAUUGAGUUUCUUAUGCGUCACAAUAGCCAACCUCACGGUCGGGACUUCAUGCUGUCCGGAGACAAACCACCAAAUGCUGCGUCCCGGAGGAUGAUGGGAACAGCUCUCUACCGUGACAAGUGGGAGAGUGAGACUAAAAGGUUCUACGAGAACAUCACUUUGAAACUUUUGCAUCAGCAUUCCUAUCAGAUAGCAGGUGUCAAUCAGGUCGAUAUUGUUCGCGAUGUCGCCAAUCUCGCGCAGGUUCAUUUCUGCGCGAAUGUGUUCUCUCUGCCGUUAAAGACCUCAUCGAACCCAAGGGGUGUUUUUACCGAGCAAGAGCUUUAUGAGAUUAUGGCUCUUGUGUUCGCGUCGAUCUUCUACGACGCAGAUGUUGGAAAGUCGUUCGAGCUUAAUCAAGGUGCACGGAGCGUGACGCAGCAGCUCGGAGAGCUCACGAUGGCCAAUGUCGAUUUUGUCAGGAAUGCUGGUUACAUUCAGAGCCUGGUUCACAGUCUGCAUCGGCAUGAUAUUCUAAGCGAAUAUGGUACUCACAUGAUCCAGCGCCUGCUCGAAAGUCAGAUUUCUCCGGUAGAAAUCGUUUGGACUCACAUUCUGCCGACUGCGGGCGGAAUGGUCGCCAACCAGGCCCAACUCUUCUCGCAAUGUCUUGACUACUAUUUGUCAGAAGAGGGCUCAGUUCAUCUGCCAGAGAUCAAUCGGCUUGCUAAGGAAGAUACACCUGAAGCCGAUGACCUAUUGCUAAGAUACUUCAUGGAAGGUGCUCGUCUGCGCUCCUCCGUGGCCUUGCCACGUUAUGUAGCAAAGCCUACGGUGAUUGAAGAUGCCGGGAAGAAAUUGACAUUGAAGUCCGGCCAGUUGGUGUAUUGCAACUUGGUUGCCGCUUCCAGGGAUCCCGUCUGUUUUCCGGAGCCCGAGACGGUCAGGCUUGACCGUGACAUGAGCGCAUAUGCUCACUUCGGAUGGGGACCGCACCAAUGUCUUGGCAUGAGUCUCUGCAAGCUUGCACUCACGACUAUGUUUAAGGUUGUAUGCGGCUUGAAUGGUCUCCGACGUGCUCCUGGCCCUCAAGGCCAGUUAAAGAAGAUCCCAAGCCACGGAGGGAUAACUAUUUACAUGACUGCCGAUCAGAGCAGUUUCUGGCCCUUCCCUUCCACAAUGAAGAUCCAGUGGGACGGAGAGCUGCCGCCUCUUGCAAUGAACUAAGGGUUGGCGGAAUUGGCAAAAAUACUUCAGUGUGUAAUAUAGUGUGCUGGAUUAGCCUGUCCAUAUAUAAACUGUCUUUGCCUUUGAUUCUGUUGCCCAGUGCCAGAAGACUUGAGUUGAAUGGAUUUCUUUGCGUUGCCUGAUGCAUCUGUUCCCAAGCCCAGCCUUAUCGGUAUCCACUCAUGUCAC